UGAAUCUGGUUUGGCAGGAUUUCUAAGGAAGGGCGAGAGAGCAGACACAGACACAGAGAGAAAAAAGGAUUUGAAUGCUUGAAACUUGUUUUUCCUUCAGUACUUUUAACUUCACUGCUUCUGCUAGUGUGGACACAUUCGGUUUUGGUGUUUGAGUUGGGGUUUCAGCACCAGGGUGCACUUGUUUCUAUCACCCAGGUGCAGCUGCAGGGAUGAACUGGUCAGGAUUGGAGAGUCUGUUGAGUGGAGUCAAUAAAUACUCCACUGCGUUCGGGAGGAUCUGGCUGUCCAUGGUGUUUGUGUUCCGUGUCCUGGUGUUUGUAGUGGCAGCGCAGAGGGUUUGGGGUGACGAGAGCAAAGACUUUGUGUGCAAUACUCGACAACCUGGCUGUACCAACAUCUGCUAUGACCACAUCUUCCCCAUCUCCCACAUCCGUCUGUGGGCACUGCAGCUGAUUUUUGUCACCUGCCCAUCUCUGAUGGUGAUGGCUCAUGUGAAAUACCGUGAAGGAAAGGAUGCCAAAUAUGUGGCACAGCACCAAGGCUCUCACCUGUAUGCCAACCCUGGUAAGAAGAGAGGGGGUCUGUGGUGGACCUAUCUGCUGAGUUUGGUCUUCAAAGCUGGAUUCGACACAUCGUUUCUUUACAUUCUCUACCGGAUAUACCAGGGAUAUGACCUGCCUAGGUUAUCGAAAUGUUCACUGGACCCAUGCCCCAACACUGUUGAUUGCUUCAUUAGUCGCCCAACAGAGAAAAAGAUCUUCAUGUUGUUCAUGGUUGUAUCCAGCGCGGUGUGCAUUUUCAUGUGUAUCUGUGAGAUGAUUUAUCUCAUCGGCAAGCGCAUCAGCAAAUUGUUAAGAGUCCGUCAUGAAAAUGAGAGGCUCCUGUUUGCUGAGCAGCAUGAGCUCACCAACAUAGCACCACCCAGGUCCCAGUAUCGAAGGACUGAUCCAACUCUGGGAAGCCAGCUGAGUUUAGACAAGAAGGAGAAGAUCAAUGAAACGAGCGUGAUUACGACUCUGUAGGACACUAAACCACAAUUUAGUUUCUGCACAACAGAAGCAGAAGUUACCAAGAAAAAAUAAUAAACCAAAAGACAUAAGAGGGCCGAGCCUGUGCAUCGUGAUCCUGUGAUCCAGCUGAACAUGAAACAUUCAUGACUGUCUGUUGGAAGGAUCUCUAACACUGGCCAGCUGUAUGCUGUAGGACACUUUCAAAGAAGAGGACAACUAUACUGUUACUGUGCUUGAAUAUCAUAUUUCUAACUUUGUACAACUGAUCUGAUCACAUCGUGGCUUGCUACGCAAGGAACAAGGAACAUCCAGGAGCUGGUUUUUAUAACACAAAAGAAAUCUGAUGUUGUGUGAGGGCGUUGUCGAUUGAUUGUUGAUCCUGAAUCAACAUCAGCAUGUCAGCAUCAGCAUAUCAGCAUUUAAGUCAUGUUAAUUACUGUAUAUAGUAUCCUCAUAAUUGUUAAUAGUUUUAUUAAUUGUGCGACCGGGAGAAAGAUGGCCUGCAGUGCUUGUUCAUAUGUCCUCCAUUAAAGGGACCAAAAGGUUGCUUGGGAAGAGAGAGGAGAGAGAGAGAGAGGCUCAUAUCUGCUACAUAUAACAAAAAGCUGAUUCCUGAGCAUAUCCUGUUUUCAUUCUUGUGAGUAAAGAGAGUGAACCUGGAGUUAAAGUAAUCAUGUACAGGUUUUAAUCCCCGGAUACUGAGCAGACUAUUUCUGUUUGGAUUAUUGAUGAACUGGAAUGUCACAAUGUGGUCCAAUAGUUUCUUUUAGGACUUGUUUUUAUUGACCCUUUUUAGUGCUAUAUUUAAUUGCUUUUAAAAUAAAACUAAGAUAAAAUAAGUGUCUAGGCUAUCCUCCUUUGCAGAAAAGUUUAUUCUACUUGGUCACCCCCAUAGAUAUGUGGGGUUUGCAUAUACAGCAAUACCACUGACAAACUCAGAAGAGAAAAGGAAGGCUUUAAAAACACCUAACAAAAGCAUACGUUGAUGUCAGAUGUAGGUUGUAUUUAGUAUUCUAUAUGUAUUAAGGUAUAUUUUUCAUUUUUAAGAGAAAUUACUCCACAAAUGCUUCACGGCAGACAAUUUUCACCACUGUGUUAAAUAUGGACGGCUGUCAUGUGUAUGUGUUAUGAUUACAUUACUUAUGAUCAAAGAUUAGC